AUGGCCACUAGGAAGUCUACAAAACUGCGUAUACCGCAUUCCCAAGAUGAUUGCGAGCUGGUCGGGAUCCUGGAACAACUAGUACCCGAAGAGCCCACGCAGGGCAGAAAGAUUGCCAUGAUUCUUCAUGGGUCCUUGGGUCAUAAAGACUACUUAUUCCAGAAACGUCUCGCACAACGUUUCCCGAUGGAUUCGUUCAGAUUUGAUUUUCGCGGCAAUCACGAAAGUGGGGGCAAACGGACACAAAGUGGAAUUGGGAGAGACGUCGAGGACCUCGUGGUGGUGGUUUCUUACCUCCGCAGUACGUAUGGGUACGAGAUUGAUGUGGUAGUGGGGCAUUCUCGUGGUUCUGUGGUUGGGAUUUAUUGGAUGUGCACUUCUGAGGAAGGACAACGUGCUCGUGCCAUGGUCAAUGUGUCAGGCCGUUACCGAAUGGAUCGAAUUCACAAGAUUUAUAAAGGGCAGUGGGAUGCCAAAGGUUACUACGAGCGAACUUUAACAGUCGCUCGACAAACGGUCGUGGAAAGGGUUUAUCCAGAAGAUCUAGUGACGUUCUCUCAGUGGAAUACUGCAAUCGUUUGGGACAAAUUUCCUGCUCAAGUCGAUGUUCUGACGAUGCAUGGUCUCCAUGAUAAGACAGUUCCUGCAUAUGACGCGGUUCUUUACUCUCGAGCACUCGGUGCCAGAACGCCUGGCACUCACAACCUUCAUUUAAUAGACGAGGCAGAUCAUAAUUUUACAAAUCGCCAAGACGAGGUUGUAGACUGCAUCCUGGAGUGGUGGGAUGCCCUUAACCAAAGACGCUUGAAAACAGGCAUAUUUAUGACAGGCGUACGCGGCAAACUGUGA